AUGAUGACAAAUGUCACCCUGUUCAUCAGGCACAUGAAGUGCUCAUUCCAGGCGGUCAGCAAAGUCAGAUCUCCUGACUUCAACAAACUCCUCUAUGAGCUUAAGAUGCUUCAGAYGAAUGUGCACAAGCAUGUGGUUGUCCACCGUCAGAAGGUGAUGAAAAAGAAGACAGAUCAACUGCUUGAGGCGAAAAAGRAAGUGACAUUUAUGAAGGCCGCCAAAAAGAAAAUUCCUGAGUUGCUUCAAUUCUUACCUGCUGAUGGAAGUUUUGGUAAGGAACAUUGUCAGCUCAUGGGCUACCUCAUGGGCUAKCUGAGCAUCCUUACGGGACAUCGCGCCAUCGUCUUUACCAACAUGACCCGUGAUCAGGUGAUGUCAGCAGACUGCUGGGGUGGUGGCAAGAAGUAUAGGGUUAUGGUGGAUGAGCACAAAACUAUGAGCUCAUUUGGGCAAGCUGCGGUGUGCCUAAACAAGAUGGAAUUUGAGUGGCUGAAAAAAGUUGCCUGCGGUGACUGCUGCCUUSGUGAGGAGGACAACAAAUAUGUUUUCCACACAAUAUUCGGCAGGAAUAUCGGGAAGCCUUCAUUCUUACUCCAUAUGGCUUGGGUGAAUGCUGGACUGACGGGGCCAGUCAACUUUGGCCAGAUCCGGAGCAGUGUCUCUACACAGGCCAAGAAUCACCUCACUGAGAAGGAGAGGAAGGAGGUGGCYCAUGCGAUGUGCCAUGACCCCACUACAGCAGAAAAAUUCUAUGUAGCUCUGCCAGACAAAGAAAUGGCAUACCGAACCAGAGAACUGAGGAUGAAAGCCCUCAAGGGGGCUUUUGCUAAAUCCUCGCAAGUUAACAAUGACACUGAUGACUCCUUAUCCUUACCAGAUGACAAAUCUGAGGAUACACCGGAGACAAGCUUCGCAAAAAUCCUAGAAACACCAUGA